GUGAGAUAUUCUGAGAGUAGUGAGCAGUGGUCUACCCCUUUUCCUUCCUUUGUGUGAGAGUUGAGAGAGGUACUUAGUGGUUGGAGAGAAAACAUGGUGAGGUGUUGUGGUCUAGCCUAGAGUGGUGUGUGUGAGUCUAGCUAAAAGGUUGGAGACCUGAGCCGGAAGACGAAUAGAUCCUCAACAGUGGUAUCAGAGCUUGUGUUGUCGUCGCCGUCGAUUUCGCCGGAUUCCGCCUUCUAGAACGUCUCCACCGCCGUCCGCCGUAGUCCGCCGCCGUCCGCCGCCGUCCGCCGCCGUCCGACCACCUGCCCGUCGAUUGGAGGUCACCACCAACUCUUAGCCGUCUGUCGAAGUUCCUGGAGGACGCCUGGAGGCUGUUCUCGACUCGGUCAGUCCGAAAUUGCAAAGGGAGUCGCCAAUUGCAGAAACCCUCGCCGGAAGGUUAAGCCCCGUCAUCGCCGCCUGGAAGCUCGCCGCUGGUCGCCUGGGUGUUCGCCGGUCUCGUUCGUCGCUGGUUGCAGAAGGCAGAGGGACGACGCAACUAGUACUGUUCAUACGACAAGGAAGACGAAGGACGAGACUUGAGCCGCUGGGUUGCUCUGUUCGUUGGAGGACCACUGUAGCUGGACGCAGGUUGAAACUUUUGGGGGUUUUUUGAACCUGGGCUUUGGGCUGUUGGACUGCUAGUGGGCUGGAGCUUUUGGACAGUUGGAUUGCUAUUGGGCUGCUACACUGCUGGACUGCUUGGACAUGGAGCUGCUGCUGGGCCGGUGGGUUGCUGUUGGACUGCUGGAGCUGUUGCUGGGCUGUGGACCUGGAGCUGGAAGCAGUCAACCGCCGGUCAACCGCCGGUCAACCGCCGGUCAACGCCGAUCAAAGUCAGUCAACUUCCAGAAAAUCCCAAUUUUUUUGAAAUUGGGUGGGUAAGGUCGAAACGCCUUUCCUAGGGUUUCGCUCCGGUAUAUUGACUUUAAACCUUUUUAUCGCUUUUGUAGUGAUUUUAUAGUCUUUUAUUGUGUGGAAAUCCUGUUUUAGGUUUAUUGCUUUUAAAAUUGAUAGAAUUGUUGUGUUGUUCUGUGCUGAAAAUUUAUUAUUUAUUUGUGCUUAUACGGAAGAACAAUGGGUUUAAAGUUGAGUUUGGUGCUCAUUAAUCCUCCCCGCGUGUUCGUGCUAGUUGCUCUGUAUAGAUGUAGCCUUAUAAAUAUUUAAAUUGUUUUCAGCGAAAUUUACAUUUUCUUUUGUUGCUUAUUUUUCUUUGUGAAAAUGUCUACUUAUAAUCAGUAUGGUAUGGCUUUUUAAUGGAAAAAUCUGAUUUUAGCAUUUGGAAGCAAAAAAUUAAAUGUAUUUUAAUACAUCAAAAAUGUUUUAAAGCAGUUGGCGAAACCUAUUUAAUUUCUGACAUGGAAGAUAAAAGGGAUGAAAUGAAUGAAAAUGCAUGUUCUGUGAUUUAUUUGAACUUAUCUGACUCUGUGGUUAGAAAAGUUGGAAUUUUAGAGAGUGCUAAAAUUCUGUGGGAUAAAGUGAAUGAACUGUAUACAGAGACCUCUUUGCCCAACCGGAUAUUUUUACUUGAAAAGUUCUUCAAAUUUAGACUAGAUAUGUCUAUGGAUAUUGAAGAAAAUCUAGAUGUUUUUACCAAACUUAUUUCGGAUAUUAAGUUGUGUGGUGAUAAGCAUAUAGAUGAUUAUACCCCCAUUGCUCUUUUAAAUGCUACUCCUGAUUCCUUUAGUGAUGUGAAAUCUGCUAUUAAGUAUGGUAGAGAUAAUGUGACUCUUCACAUUGUGGUAAAUGGUCUUAAGAGUAAGGAAUUAGAUUUAAAACAGAUGGGUGAGGGUAGAAAAUCCGAGGAAGUUAUGCAUGUGAGGGGUAGAGAAAAUAAUAUUAGACGACAUAGAUCUAAGUCUAGGUCUAAUUCGAGGCGUUGCUAUUAUUGUCAUGAACCUGGUCAUUUCAUAAAAGACUGUCCUAAAUCUAGGAAAAAUGAGCAUAGUGAGCAUGCUAAUUUGACUGCGUGUGAAGAUGAUUUAGGUGAUGUUUUUAUGAUGAGAAAUCUCUGUGAUUAUGACUAUUUGAGUUCUGUGAUAUCUGAUUCUUUGGGUAAAUCAGAUUGGGUGGUAGAUUCUGGUUGUAGUUUUCACAUGUCCCCUUUGAAAAAUGUUUUUUCAAACUAUAGAGAGAUUGAGCAUGGCUUUGUGUCUUUAGAAAAUGAGAAGAAAUGCAAUGUGCUAGGAAUAGGAGAUGUAUGCCUUAGGUUCUCUUCUGGUUAUGUGCUUACUUUGAAGAAUGUUAGGCAUGUUCCUGAGCUGUGUUGUAAUUUGCUAUCUUGUGCUUCUCUUGAAAAUGAGGGUUUGAAAGGAAAAUGGGGAAAGGGAAUCAUGAAAGUUGUGAAGGGUUGUUUAGUUGUUUUAAAAGUUGAGAUGAAAAACAACUUCUAUGUUUGUCACGCUGAACUCGUACUUGAUUCUGUGAAUUGUGUGCAACCCUGUGUGUUAGGAAAACAGUCUAGAGUUAGUUUUCCUGAUCUGCCUAAGUGUACUGCUGUUCUUGAUUGUAUUCAUGCUGAUUUGUGUGGUCCUUAUAGUGUUUCCACUCAUGGUGGGAAAAAUUAUUUUCUUACGUUGAUUGAUGAUUUUUCAAAGAAAGUAUGAGUUUUGUUGAUUGAGAAAAAAUCUGAAGUUUUUGAUAAGUUUAAAAACUGGAAAACCCUUGUUGAAAAACAAACCGGUAAGAAAAUAAUUUUUUUAAGGACCACUGUCAGUUUUGAUUUCUGUGAUGAUCAGCUUGGUGAUUUAUGUGAUACUUGGGGUAUUUCUAUGCAUAAAUUUGUUCCCUCCACACCCCAACCGGAUGGGGUUGCUGAGAGGAUGGUUAGAACUUUAUUAGAGAGGGUGAGAGCUAUGUUAGCUUCAUCUGGCUCUCUAAUAAGUUCUGGGGGAAGCUAUUUGUUAUGCUGUUGAUUUGGUUAAUCAGUCCCCGUCUGUUCCCUUAGGAGGGAAAUGCCCUGAAUCUGUGUUCACGGGCAAACCACUUAACUUGCCAAAUUUGAGAAUGUUUGGUUGCGCUGCUUAUGUGAAUCGUGUGAAUGAUAAAUCUAAACCUAGGACUAAGGAAUAUGUUUUCUUAGGAUAUCAUGAAUGCAUGAAAGGUUAUAGGCUUUGGUGUAGGAGUGAAACUUGCUUCAUUUUUGUUGAAAAUGAAUUUCCUUGCCUGCUUGUUUCUCCUGAUGUUGCUCCAAAUGAGGUGGAUCAUUUGCUUGAUGUUCAUUCUGAUUUACUUGUUGAAACCGAACCCAAAUUUGUGGAUGAAAAUGAUUUUCAUAUUGAAAAUAAAGAAAAUAUUGUUUCUAUUAAGGUGGAGCAUCAUAUGAAUGUUAUGUGCAAUAUGCGUGAGUUGCGUGAUUGCUAUGUUAUUAGAGAUAGAGGCAUUAAGGAGCAUGAGAGAAAUAAUAUGUGCAAUGUGUUUGACUAUAUUUCCUCUGAGUCUGCUUUAAAUGUGCUUAAUUCUCUUUUAAUUAAAUCCUUUGUGAUGUUUGAUAUGUUAUUUUCUUUGUGUUUUGAAAAUGUGAUACCAAAUGAUUAUGUGAGCUCUGCCUGUGCUAGUUAUAGAAAUACUAUUGUUUCUUUUAUUUUCUGUGUACUUGCUUUGUGUGGUUGUUAGAUUAUUUGGAAUCCCCAACUUCUCCCAGAUGCUUGCUUGCGUGGUCUAUUAACAUGUGUUGUGCUUGUUAAUAGUUUUGUGAUGGUUUUGGUUCUGAACUUGAGGACCGAUUGGUAGAGUUCAGUCCAUCGUGAAUUGGGUUUGCAUGGUAAGCUUGGUCCGAAAGGGAACUUUGGUUCUCAUCUAUUACUUGUAUGAUCGCAACGAUGUACUUGUAAUGGUCCGGCGAUGAUGAGUCUUCUCACAACUUUGUAUUGCUACUCUACACCACUAAGGACCAAUAAGGUGGAGAAUGUUGGAGGUAUUGGUCCUACCAAGGCCUCCCUUCCAUUUUAGUAUUGACUUGCACCUCAUGUUUACUCCCACUAAGGUAUACCUAUUCAGUUCUUCUAUUUGUGGCCAUUCAUUGACUGUAGACUCUCUUACUUGGCCGGUCCCUUAUUGUUGUCUGCUACAGCCUGUCCUUUUGGCUUGGUGUUACCCGUGAGUUGUCAAGUGGCCAACAUCCUAUUAUUAGAAGCCUUAGCCUCUUCCUGUGAGUCUUAGCCUGCGUGAGAUAUUCUGAGAGUAGUGAGCAGUGCUCUACCCCUUCUCCUUCCUUUGUGUGAGAGUUGAGAGAGGUACUUAGUGUUUGGAGAGAAAACAUGGUGAGGUGUUGUGGUCUAGCCUAGAGUGGUGUGUGUGAGUCUAGCUAAAAGGUUGGAAACCUGAGCUGGAAGACGAAUCGAUCCUCAACAACAAUAGUUGGUUCUAUUUGGUCACGAAUAAAAACACAAUUCCUUCAAUUAUCUCGAGUCGGAUUUUUAGUAACACGAGUUAAAUUUUUGCACACUUUGAUUUACACUAAUUUUUUAUUGUCUAUACUAGCUAGAUUCAUAAUUCGUGUUUACAAUUGAAGCUACCUUAGACUUGAGAUUACAUUUCUAGGAAUACAAGUUACAUUUUCAUACACGCAAUUUACAUUGCAUAUUGCGAGUGAAGAGAAUAACAGCUCAAGGAAAAUGGUGAGAGCAAGGAUCCCAAUAAAAGACCUAUAAAUACAUUUCAUUUUCACCAUUUUCCCUACAACUCUCCAAAAUCUAAAUACAUCUCAUCUUCAUAAUCUAUAUUAUCUCAGUCUGUCAAUUAUAAUAUCAUAUUCUUCAUUAUUCAUGAAACCGUCAUCCAAUAUCCACCUUGCAUUUUUAAUGCACUACACAUUCAAUAACAACAUGUCAAAUUUUAUAUUCUGCACAAUGUCUUCAUUUACGAAACGUUUUGUGCUUGAGAAAACAAGAAAGCAGUUAUGAUAUGCUAGUAGACAUUUCCAUACAAAGCACUCAUCACUCAUUCAAGCGAAUAAUGAAUAAAUAUUGUGUUCAUUGUGUAAUCAUUUGAAAUUUGCCGUUUGUUGUUAGCUCUUACAUUUUACCUUUGAAAUUAAAAAAUAUAGCGUUGUGGUGUAUGGGGAACAUUUACUACUUAAAUUCGACUUAUAUAAUCUAAUAAAUAGAUUAUUUCGUAAAUAAUGUAUAUAUUUUUCGGGUAUUAGCCUUAAAUGGGACUAAAAGUAACGCAAAAUUCCACGUUAGGACUAUACUUCUUUUAUUUCCAAAAUAAGAGUAAUAUAUGUCUCUUCCUAUAAUCUCUAAUAGAUUUAUUUGUUAAUAACAAAAAUCACAGUUUUAUUUAUAAUACAUACAUAAAGAAUCGUAAUUUUUUUAUAAAUUAAUAAAAAAAUCAGGAAAAAAUAAAUUAAAUUAAAAUUAAAAAAUAAAAAAUAAAUAUGAAAAAAUAUUUUAAAAACUUUAAAAAUUUAAAAUAAAUAAAAUACCUAAAAACAUAUUAAAAAUUAUGUGGACCACUACCUCUGCAUCCCCGCACCUCCCAACACCACCACCACCUCCGAUCAUUGAAAAAAUGUCACCUUGUGUAAAAAUGCCACAUUUCUCUACAUUUCUCUGAAAAUGCCAUGAAGAUGACAUUAUUACUCUUUGGAAAUAUCCAGCUUUCUUUUCAGAAUUGUCAUCAUGAUGACAUUUUUUCCCAAUUUGAAUUGGCAAUCAUUUCCAGUGACCGGAGGUGGCGGUGCUGGAAGCUGGCUGAGGUGGUGGUUGAGGUCUAUAUAUUAUUUAUUUAUUUAUUAUGAUUUUUAUUUUUUUAUUUUAAUUUUUUUAUGUUUUAAAAUGAUUAUUUAAAAAAUCCUAUUAGGAAGGACAAGUGAAAGGGUAGAAUAGGAAGAGUUAGUCUUAUUUUGAGAAUUUAAACAUUGAACUCCUAUUGUUGCAAUUAUCCUUUCAUUUAGUCUUAUUUAGGGAAAUCUCCCUAUAUUUUUUUAACAUUCAUAUUUUUAAUUGAAAAAUAUUACCUGGACGGAUCUUGACUUGUCGAUCGACCAGAACCAGCCUGGAAUUGGAAUCCCCUGGUACCAGUCUUGGUUCCCACCUUUACCCAACCCAGGACUGGCCAGUCCGGGACAUGAACCGAUCGGAACCGGACCGGAGAUGCUUUCUGGAAGUUAUAUGUUCCAGACUAGAAGAUACAACCGGUUGUGGUCCAAGAACUGCUAAAAUGAAGGGUUCAACUGAUGCGUAUAAAGUGUUCGACAAAAGUCAUUAUUAACCACAAACCAGUGCACCCCCCCACCAAACAACUUCAUCUGUUUCAGAACUACAUGGAUACUACUCAUGGGAUGCAACUAGUGUAUUUCACACCCUCAGGGGAUGACUUUUUACUCUCGGAUGAAGAUGAUAUAAUGUUGCUGGUUCAAACUUAGAGAUACUACCUUGUGGGAUGUUUUACUAGAAACCUCUUAGGUUUUAAAAUUGUUGACACUUUGGUAUCGUCGUGGGGAGUCCCUUGUAAUUGCAAGAAUCCUAUCCCGGCCUAUAGUUUCUACUUUUAUAAUAUUCUAUGAUUUCAAAUUUGUAUUUCCCAGAAUAACAUUUAAAUGACUUAAACUUUUCUCUCUCGCUAUUUUUAAUUGCCACAUUGUUGGCUUUGGAACUUAUGUUAAUUGUCAUAGUUUUUGACAUUUCAAUUGAUGUACUCUUGGUUGUCAUACUUAAG